UAUAUCAAGCAGGGGACGAGACAAGGGCCCUCCUGCGAUCACCUCCGCCAUUAGUCAAUUGGGAGAUUGGCGCGUCGAGCGUGCAGAGCUGCAGUCGCGCAGAAACCUCGCGAGCCCGCGCCAGCGCCCAGGUCACCUGGACCAUCUCUUCCCGCCAAUAAGAACCUAUCAAAAUGUUCUUCCUUAGAGCUAAAAUUCUCUUAGGAUUGUUCUUAGUAUUCUGGUUUAUAAUCGAGCCCGCAAGUGCGCGUCGUGGACGUUCUAGAGGUAGAACGAAAUCCAAGGUGCAAAUUGGCUUACCUAUUACUGGGAAAUAUAGAGACCCGGAAUCCGAUCAAUAUUACAACAACAACGAUGGAGCCAAGAUCCUGCUGGCUUCGCACUUCGAUCUUGAGUACGUGUUGGGCCACAAGAUCGCCUUCCUCUGCAUUGCCAAGGGCUCACCGCGUCCUCACAUCACUUGGUUCAAAGACGGCGUCGAAAUUUUUGCUCAUCAUUAUCUUCACAUUCACGAGUGGCCGAUCGGCGAGGACCGAGUCAAGUCCAAGAUCGAGAUCGACCCGGCCACCCAGAUGGACGCCGGCGUGUACGAGUGCACGGCGGACAACAUGUACUCCAUCGACCGCCGCUCCUUCAAGACUGACUUCUCCAUUGCCUUUGAUUAGACGUGCUACUGACGCCUGAGGCGUGUCUCGUGGUGCACCUGCACCGUGCCGUGCCUUUAUCGUGCUGCUUCCGAAGGAAACCUCAAAUCACUUUUUCCACAAAACACGUUUGUUUUAUUUGUUUUGUUUGUUAGUCAUAUUUGGCGCCUAGUUCACCAAUUUUAUAAUUGAGUUAAAUAGAAGAUGUUAAUCGAUUCCACUUCCCAUGAGAUUCGAAUAUAUAUAAUGUAUAUAUAAUAAACCUCGUAUAUUAUAAACCAGAAUAAUAUAUCAGUCGCGUGCACUGCGAUUUAAUUAAAAAGCUCUUACAAAUAGCGCACAGCCUGUGACGUCACAUCAUGAAGAAACCAGUUUAUUUGUUAGGUAUAACCGUUUUUCUCUCUCGUUGUAACACAAGAAAUCUAAUAAAAGUAUUAAAAUUUAAUAUGUACAUACAUUAAAAAAACGGGACAAGUGCGAGUCGGACUCGCGCACGAAGGGUUUCGUACCAUUACGCAAAAAACGGCAAAAAAAUCACGUUUUAUUGUAUGGGAGCUCCACUUAAUAUUUAUUUUAUGCUGUUUUUAGUAUUUGUUGUUAUAACGGCAACAGAAAUACAUCAUCUGUGAAAAUUUCAACUGUCUAGCUAUCACGAUUCAUGAGAUACAGCCUGGUGACAGACAGACAGACGGACGGAGAGCGGAGUCUUAGUAAUAGGGUCCCGUUUUAAAUUAUAUGUAGACAAAAAUGUUAGAGAAAAAUUGCGGCAAUAUAUUGAGGAGCUUAGCGGCACUCGAGCGGGUUGCUCAGUCGGAGGGCGGUGCUUCAAUAACAUCAGCUACGCUGAUGAUAUGGUGGUACUUAGCCCUUCGAUUUGCGCACUUAAUAAGCUACUGGCCAUAUGUGAAAGAUACGCAGAGGCACACGGCCUCAGGUACAAUUCUAAUAAGACUGAGUUACUGAUAUUCAAAGCCGGCACAAAAACAUACAGCAUAGUACCACCAGUUAUGUUAGGGGGCGUUCAGUUGAAAUUAGUAACACAGUUUAAGUACCUGGGGCAUUGGGUCACUGCGUCUCAAAAUGAUGACGUGGACGUGGAGAGGGAGCGCAGGGCACUAUCAGUGAGAAGCAACAUGUUGAUCCGCAGGUUUGCAAAAUGCACAACAAGUGUUAAGUUAACCUUGUUCUGAUCAUAUUGCCAAACUUUUUACACUUGCAGCCUGUGGAUCAACUGCACGAAGAAAGCUUAUAGUGCGCUGCGCGUCCUCUACAAUAACGCGUUCAGGAUGCUGAUGGGGCUGCCGCGGUACUGCAGUGCUUCUGGGAUGUUCGCGGAGGCACACACGGAUGAUUUCCAUGCCAUUAUGCGCAAACGCGUCGCGUCCCUGAUGCGCCGUGCGCGCGGCGGCACCAACGGGCUCCUGAGUGCGGUCGCAGGGGCAUAUGACAGCCCGAUAUUUGGCCACUGGGCGAAAUCGCACGCGCCACGUGCAGAUUUUAAAAAGUAUUUUUUUUAAUAUGUUUAGUUUAAGUUAGUUUUAAGUUUAAUAUUAAUUUAA